UUUUACUCAACUGAGUAUUUUGAAUGGUAGAAGAGAAAACGUUGGUAGACUUGAUAGUCUGAAUGCUUCUGGCAACAGAAGAAACAAUUCUUAGAAAAAUAACUUUGAAAUACAUACCUGAAGAUGAAUAACUCAAUGACGUUUGAAGAACAAACAGAACAAAUUGUGGAAGCCUUGUUUACUACUCUUUGUUUAAAGAAGCCACGGGAAGAAGUAACUGAUCGAUGCCUGGAGCUAGACUAUGGAAAUAAAAUUCGAUUCGAAGUAAAGAAGCCACGGGAAGAAGUAACUGAUCGAUGCCUGGAGCUAGACUAUGGAAAUAAAAUUCGAUUCGAAGGCCCAAAACCUGUGAAGCUCCAGGGAAGCAGGAUAGCAGUUGAUUCAGCAAGCACUUUUGAUCCAGUUGCUAUUGCCAAGUUACUGACAUCUAUAGGAGAUCAGUACAAUGCAGAAAUGGAGGGCCCAAUAAACGCAGUGAUUGCAGAGGAAAGCAGAAAAAAGAUAAAGAAAUUUGGAGAAGUAGCAGAAUCUCUCAGCAGCAUUUGGAUCAGUCAAAAUCCUGAGCUAGAGCCAGAAAGAGCUUUUCUAGCUGUUGCUGUGAAGUUGUUUGUGAAUUUUAUAAAGAAAACUCAUGGAGAUCGCAGUCAGAUAAACAUACUCACAGAAACAAUCAACAGAAAUCCUGAAGUGAGAAGCUAUAUUGAAAGGCAAGGUGGUUGGGGUAAUCUUGGAAGAGUCUAAACAGCCCAUAGUUUCUUGGUUCCAAUAUUAAAGACUCAUGUGCUAUUUUGGAGGAAAUAGAGCUGGAGAGUUGCUUCAAAACUGGAAAUGGAACUGAAAAUGAAUUGAAAAGGCUAAAUACAAUUCUGUUAAAAAAACAACAUAAAUGUAAUUAAUUUUAAAAGAAACUCACAAUAGCUUGGUUGUCAUUACUAUUAAAUUGUCAGUUAUGGAAUUUCA